GCUCGUUCUUUGGCUCCGCUCGGGGACCGCAUUCUCGUCCGACGGGCUGCCAAGGAAGUCCAGACGGCCGCUGGUAUUUACCUGCCGGCGGACAAGACCAAGGACCCGAACGAGGGAGAAGUCGUUGCCUGUGGUCCGGGUGAAAAAGACGUCACCGGUCAGCUUCAUCCCACGACACUCAAGAUGGGAGACACGGUCUUGUUGCCCGAAUACGGAGGUACCAAAAUCAAGAUUGACGACGAAGAACUGGUCUUGUUCCGCGAGUCGGAUAUCUUGGGAAAAUUUGACUAA